AAUUUGAAUGGCAAAAUUCGAGCGAUUGUAGCUCUAGAUCCGGCAAAUAUGACACCACCAAACGUCUAUAUAGAUGCAUACAAGGCUGAAUAUGUUCAAGUAAUACAUACAAGCUCGAAGGGACUGUUCACUGCUUUGGGACAUGCCGACUAUUAUCCCAACACCGCAGAACAACCCGGUUGCGAAGGGGACGUUGAAUGUUCUCAUUUAAGAUCGGCGCAGUAUUACGCAGAGUCAGUGAGAAAUGGAGGAUUUUAUGCCAUUAGAUGUGAUUGUCGUGAAUCAUAUUCAUCGGGCUUGUGUGACAACAAUCCGUUAUCGUACCUUGGCGGAGAGAUACUUGACACCCGGGCCAAUGGAAGUUAUUUUCUGGAUACUUACAAGAGACCUCCGUUUUCAAAAGAUUGAGCAGAUAACGUUAAUUGUUCACUUCGUCAAUUUAAGAUGUCUACAA